AUGUCUCGUCCAACUGACAUCAUGUCAACAAUAACGGAAGUUUCAUUCUCGAAUGAUAGUAGUGAGAAUAGUGAGAAUGAAGGUUUGAUUCCUGAAGUAUUGAUGAAAGGGUUGAGCCUAUCUCAAGUGACUGAAAUAUACAAGGACAGAUUAUCAGAAGAUAAUGUCGUGGCAAUUGCACGAAGACUGUUGAUUGAAAUUGGAUCCAAGCAUGAACAAAAAGGCCAAGUUGACACUGAUGAUUGGGAUGAUGAUUCAGAAGCUAGUCUGGGAAAUGGCAGAAUCAAUAGAAACCAGCACUUCUGUUCGAUUGGGAUUGACAUUCUUCGCCGUUCACCUUGCGAUCUUUUGACGGGAUCAGAACUCUUGAAGCAUCACAUUGCCAACCUAUCACAGAGUGCUCCAGAAGAAUUCCUUGAUCCUAUCUCUUUUGACAUCAUGCAUGAUCCUGUGGUCAUUUCGUCUGGAUUUGUUGUGGAUCGAAGUACUGCCAUCAAUCAAAGCUCAGGAGAGCUUCAGCUUGCUACCUGUCCAUGGUCACGAGUGGAACUGAGUCCUGAGCUUUAUCCUGCUUUGCGAUUGAAGCAGAAGAUGACAGAAUUCAAGUCUGGUCGAGUGGAUGAAAUGAUCGAAACUGCGUCUCUUUUGCUCAACGCCAAGAACGAGCGCGACUUUUGCAAAGUUUUCGAGCUGGCGCAGGAGUUCAUGGAUGACAUUGGGCCCAACGGACACCGAGAACUUGCUGUGCAAUUGGCAGAGUUGGUUCUUUCCACGUUGACCUUGAAGCCUUCUGACCCUUCGAGGUUGUGCAUCCUUCAGCCAUCAGUGUUGACCAAACAUUUUUUAAUGUUGCAUUCAUUGAAGCAGGCAACUCUCGUACAAGCAUACCUCCCUAUAAAGGCUUUCCAGAUGAGCGAAAUGGUACAAAAGGCAAUUGGCGGAAACCAGUUUGAUGAAGCUGAAAAGUGGCUUGCCUGCUGCACCGAGAUUCAGGAUAAGUGUGAGGAUUUGCUAACUGGUAACAAGGAAAUACCUUUGGGUAAACUGCAUUUGGAUCUUGCCGAAAAACGGGGAGGUAACCACCUGGAAGUUUUUGUGAACCGCUUUACAAAUAUUGAAAUGGCCUUUAUUCUGAGGUCCUGGGGUUUUGCUCAGGAGACAAUUGACGAGAUGACACGAUGCGCUCGAGUGUAUGUCAUUCGCGAUAUUUUGAUAGUGAAUUGCUCCGAUAAAAAUUUGGAGAGGGUUUUCAAGACGCGUUUGGCGGAAGCCUGUGACCUAACAGAUGUAGCUCGGAGGAUAUUCGCGGUUGAUUGA